AUGGCCCGCCAGCCAGGUCCAUCUAGGGACGCAGAAGCGUUUCCUGAGCCCGAAACGGUGGAAUUUGGCUGGAAUGACGACCGUAAGGUGUCAGGGCGUCGCAAGAAGCUGCAACACAAGGCCAAGCCCGGCAGCUUUGAGACCAUGGGGCUCUCCGAGACGGUCCUGCGCGGCAUCAAGCGCAAAGGCUACCGCCUGCCCACCCCCAUCCAGCGCAAGUCGGUACCACUGGUACUGCAGGGCCUGGACGUGGUGGGCAUGGCGCGCACCGGCUCCGGCAAGACCGCCGCCUUCGUGGUGCCCCUGCUGGAGAAGCUGCGGGCCCACUCGCCCAGCACGGGCACACGUGGUUUGAUCCUGGCCCCCACCCGCGAGCUGGCCCUGCAGACGCACAAGGUGGUCAAGGAGCUGGGAAGGUACACCGACCUGCGCACCGCCUGCCUCGUGGGCGGCGACUCCAUGGAGGCCCAGUUUGCAGAGCUGGCAUCCUUCCCGGAUGUCAUCGUGGCCACCCCAGGCCGCCUCAUGCACCACCUGCAGGAGGUGGAUGGCUUCUCUCUUUCCUCCAUCUCCUACGUGGUGUUUGACGAGGCCGACCGCCUGUUUGAGAUGGGGUUUGCGGAGCAGCUCAAGCAGAUCCUGGCGGGCAUGCCAUCCGGCCGCCAGACGCUCCUUUUCUCGGCCACCAUGCCAAAGGCACUGGCCCAGUUUGCACGCGCAGGGCUGAAGACCCCGGAGCUGGUCAGGCUCGACACGGACACCAAGAUCUCCCCGGAGCUGUGCACCGCCUUCUUCACCGUCAGGGCGGAGGACAAGACGGCGGCCCUGCUCUUCCUGGUCAGAGAGCUCAUCCCCUCGCACCAGCCCACGGUGGUUUUUGCCGCCACGCGGCACAGCGUGGAGUUCCUGGUGGGCCUGCUGGAGGCGGAGGGCAUAGAAAGCGCGCACGUGCACGGCGCCAUGGAUCAGAUGGCCCGCAAGAUCCACAUCGCCAAGUUCAGGGCGGGGCGCGUCAACCUGCUGGUGGUCACCGACGUCGCGGCGCGUGGCCUGGACAUCCCCCUGCUGGACAACGUCAUCAAUUAUGACUUCCCGCCCAAGCCCAAGCUGUUUGUGCACCGGACGGGGCGUGUUGCUCGUGCAGGGAGGCCCGGCACAGCCUACUCCUUGGUCACCAGGGACGAGAUCCCGUACCUCCUGGACCUCCACCUCUUCCUGUCGCGGCCGUUGUCAGUAGCCCCUGUGCGGGCCAUUGGCGAGGCGGCCGAGGCGGUCAUGGACCCCAGCGUCUCCCUGCUGGGCGCCUUCCCGCAGACGGCACUGGACCUGGAGGUGGAGAGGGUGCGCGCCGCCAUCGCCUCCUCGUACGACUUGGCGGGCCUCCAGAAGCCCUGCGAGAACGCAUUCAAGUUGUACCUGAAGACUCGGCCCCCCGCCGUCCCGGAGAGCAUCAAGAGGGCCAGGACCCUGCCCAGGGAGGGAAUGCACCCCCUGCUUGCUGCGGCCAUCCCCUCGGCUGCACUGGGAGGCAUGGAGGCCCAGGAGUCCCUGGCAGCUUUCACCUCUGCCUUGAAGAGCUAUCGGCCGUCACAGACCGUCUUUGAGGCGGAGAUGGCGCCGGCACGCCGCGGCGAGGGCGCCGGCGCCACUGCCAUCCCCGGCGUGUCGGCCUUGGCCCCCGGGGAGAAGCUGGUGGAGGUGAUGCGCGUGAAACGAGCGGCGCACACCAGCACCAUCUCCGCCACCAAGCGACAGCGGGAGCUGGACGCCGAGGAGCGCGCCGCUGAUGUCGGUGGCGCAGAGGCGGGGGCGGUGCUGGCCACGGCGCCCGCCUCCAAGCGCCUGAGCCUGGUACCAGAGACGGAGGCUGCCGGGGGCCGGUACAGGGAGGAGGGCUUCUACGUGAGCCAUGUGCCGGGGGAGGGGGAGCGGGAGGAGUCCUUCUACGCUGCAGCAGAGGCCGGCCAGUUCAACGACGCCGUGCUGGACCUCACCGCAGAGGAUGCAGCCGGGAUGCGGUCCCAAAAGUCGCAAUACCACUGGGACAAGCGCAGCAAAAAGUACGUCAAGCUCCAGGCAGACGAGACGGUCAAGGCGGGGCGCCGCAUCCCAGGGUCAAAGAGUGGUGGCAAGGGCAAGAAGGAGGAGGGUUCUGGGCUGUACAAGAAGUGGGCGGCAAAGAACAAGAUGCAGGUGGCUGGGCCUAAGGAGGCAGCUGGAGCGGCAGCCCUGGCCAAGCAGAUGGGUGAAAGGUUCAAGCGCGGCGGGCGCGGCUGGGUGAACCCCCUGAAGCCCGAGGCCGGCGGCGACGAUCCCCGGGCGCGCGACGAGAUCAAGAACCCGGAGCAGGUCCGCAAGCAGCGCAAACUAGACGAGCGCAUGCGGGAGCGGCAGCAGGGUGGGCGGGGCGGACGGGGGGGGGGCCUCUAG